AUGGACAGGAAGGGGAAGGACGGGGAAGAUGGAGCAGCUGCAUUUUUGCCCUCUCACUUCAGAACACGUUCCCCACUGGAGAGUUACGGUUCAAGGGGAGGGAAGGGAGGAACCAAGGAGAAGGUUGUUGUGAUGCUUGUGACCCCAUCCUACUGUCAGAAUAUGGGACUGGUAUAUGUUUUUAACCUGAUUGUUGGAACGGGAGCCCUGACUUUGCCUGCUGCAUUUAGUGGAGCAGGAUGGCUGCUGAGUCUCUGUGUUUUGGUGCUUCUUGGUUUUGUCAGUUAUGUGACUGUGACAUUUGUAAUAGAGGCAAUGGCUGCUACCAAUGGUAUUCUGCACUGUUGGCUGCUACAGAGAAUGAAAAAGAAAGGGGAGAUACCUGAUGAAGACCUCACCCCCUCUGAUAUGAGCUGCCUUCUGUCUCAAGAUGAUGAUAAUGCACUUUCUGAAUCAGUGGGAAAGACACUGUUCUACUUGACCCUGGCAAUAUACUUAUAUGGUGAUCUUGCCAUCUAUGUCUCAGCUGUGGCCAAAUCCCUCAGAGAUGUCACCUGCACUUAUGUUCCUGCCAAUUCUUCAUGCAAUGUGACGGUUACAAUCCCUGAUUCUGAAUUGUGCUGGGCAUCACAGGUGAAAGCAUCAAGAAUGGAUGCAUAUCGACUCUAUGUUGCCAUUUUCAUCCUCCUCAUGGGUCCCUUUGCAUUCUUCAAUGUCCAGAAGACUAAACACCUCCAGCUUUUCACCACACUCCUCCGGUGGCUCUCAUUUGGAGUCAUGGUGAUUCUGGCAGUAAAGAUUCUGGUGACAGGCAGCAGUUCCAGUCAUCCACGGCCAGCAGCCAUCCCAAGUGGAUUGCCAAAUCUCUUUGGAGCCAGCAUAUAUUCCUUCAUGUGCCAUCAUUCCCUCCCUGCUCUUGUAACACCAAUAUCUAACAAGAGCCGUCUAUUUCGCCUUUUUGCCCUGGACUACUUUCUCAUAGCAUCCUUCUACUUGCUGCUUGCUCUGACUGGGGUCUUUGCCUUUGACAAUAUUUUCGACCUUUACACUCUAAAUUUCCAGCCGAAUCGAUGCGAUCCAUCUGUUGCUCCAACACAGAUUGUAUUCCUCCAGUACUUCCUUGCACUCUUCCCUGUCUUCACAUUGAGCACAAGCUUUCCCAUCAUUGCAAUCACACUGCGUAAUAACCUUAAGAGCCUCUUCCUAAAGGAAGGCAGACGUUAUGGAAUCUUCCUUGAGCGUCUGCUUUUUCCAGUUCUUGCAAUUCUCCCUCCAAGCCUGGUGGGACUUGCGACACAUGACCUUGAGCUCCUUGUUGGCAUCACAGGAUCAUAUGCUGGAUCAGGAAUCCAGUACAUCAUCCCUGCCACUCUGGUCUAUUAUGCAAGGAAAGAGGCAGGGAAUGUUGUUGGAACAGGUGUGAAGAACCAACAUGCUUCUCCCUUCAGGGGAACUGCUUGGGUGGUUUUGGUCAUCCUCUGGGCCAUUGCCUGCAUUGUUCUUGUUACUGUCAAUCACAUCCUUGCCCUCACCUAACAUGGUAAUAAUGCUAUGUGAGGCUCUCAGGUACUUACUCCAUAUUCUAUGAACUCAUUGUUUCAAGGUUUGGAUAGAGAUUUCUAGAGGCAUUUCUGCCCCUAUUGACAUCCCAUGUCAAGGUUGGGUGUUCAUAUAAAAUAUAUCCUCUAAAGAAGUUCUUAUGGGGGAAUAUCCCUCUACACCCUUGCUACUUAUGGCAAUAUUGUCCCUCCAUUUUUUUUUAGGUUUUUCCUUGAAGGCAUCUAGCCUCUUCUCAAAGCUAGUCAUGGUAGGGUUGCAGAAGAACUUCCUUACUUGUGGGGUAGUAUGAUUAUAAUAUUUGGUGAUGAAGUGGUUGCCCUUUCUGUGACUAGCAUUAAGAAAAUGUUAGAUGCCUUUAUGGACAAACAAGAAGGGAUAAAUGUGACUGACUAGGCAAUAGCAGACAUUUUAGUGGAAAGAUAUGCUCACACAAAUACAUCUAUCCUGAAAAGGGACUGGCCUCUUAUUCGAUAUGAAUGCUUGACCUUGAAAUGGGAUUCAUUAUGGGCAAAAAUUCCUUUGACAUCCCUACCUAAACCUUGAAUUAAUUUAACAAGCAAGUCAAAAUCUGUUCCAAGUCACCCUCUUGUUCUACGAUAUGAUGGUCAAGGAUGCACAAAAUCACUGGAUGGGAAGUCAGGGUAAGGAAAUUGUAGUUUUGGCUACUUUCAUGUAAAACAGUGAAAUGGAAUGUGUCUGAAGUAGCUUCAGAGCUUUUAGUCUUUGUCAUUUAUGUGGAGAGACCACCAAAGUGAUUAUGUCACCUAAAAAAUUAUUGAUUGAGUAAAAUGGUUAGUACAUCCUCAACACUUAAUGUUCCCCAGUUUCUUUAGAUGAAAUAUCCCAGUGAUUGCAUUAUCCAGGUGAAGUUAUUCUAUUUAUGACUGAGGAUGUAGAACAUAGUCAAAGGAUAAGUGGUCAGUAUCCUAUAUUUGCUUGUUUUGUGGGUUAUGUAGUUGCUCCUCCUGCAUCCAUUCCAUAAUCCUGGUCCAUCAUGCUCCUGUGCUUCUUCUCUAAAAGUUUUAUAGGCAGAGCACUCUCUGAUAUUAUCAUAGUUGCAAGAUGAGAGGGUGGCACCUUUAUAUCGUCCUGGUCCUGGAAAACCUGAGAGUUGACAACUAGACUGCCAUAAUUGGUGUGCAUAUUGCACUCAUCCCAUGAGUGCAUGAGGAAAAUAUAUAUACACCUAGUUCUGAUGUACUACUCCACAACCAGAGGUUUUAUCUCUGGGCAAAUGUCAAUAAAUCUAGCACUUGAGAAGGAACA